CAACACAACCUCAAACGUGAAAACAUUAACUAAAACAAAAAAAAAAAACAUUUAUUUUUUUCCCAAAAAAAAAAAACCUUAGAGACGUAAACGAAGACUCUUUUUAAUUUCACAAAUUCAUUUCGCUUCUUCUUUCUUUCCUUCGUUAUCCAUUUACCAAUUCCAAUCUCUUUCUCUCUCUAACUUUUUCUCUCUCUUUCUCUCUCCUCAGAUCUUCUUCCCCAGUUUCUCCGGCGAUUCUUCUGCAAUUUUUGGCUGCACUAUUAUUUCUUCUUUCAUAUUUCAUCGUAUAUAACAUGCGUAACUUUUUCAAUUCGUAAAUUUUUUUUUGCUUGUUUUUGAUUUUUUGUGAUUAGUUCAAUCAUUGUUAUUUGAUUUGUGAUUAGUACUAUCAGAAUCAUUGUUUGUAUUUUUUUGAGGGAAUACGUGAAGGAAGAAAAAUCGGUUGUUGAUUGAUUGAAGAAAAUUACGAAAAUUUUUCCUUUUUUUGUCGUUUGGUGGUUUUCUUUGUUUUUUAGUGCCUCCAAACAAAACUUGAAAAAAAAAAGGAACAAAUUUGAUCUGGGGUGGUGUUUUUUGUGGUUGUGAUUGAAAAUUUGGAAACUUUAGGGUGAGGGGAAGGGAUUGAAGACACGUGUGUGAAUUGGUGGUGGAUUGAAGGGAAGGGAAUUUGGAGGUGUUAUGAUUGAAGGUGAAUUUGAGGGAUUAUUGAAAGUUGUUGUGUUGUGGUUUGGUGUUAUUUUGGUUGAUGGGGAUGAGGAAUGAUGGGCAGAAACAACAGGUUCUUCACCAGGGGGGUGGUGUUGGUGUUGGUGGCAGAACCAAUGGUUUUAUUCCGAGUUCGUUUCGGGCGCUCUCGAGUUACCUGAGGAUUGUUUCCUCGGGUGCUUCUACCGUUGCACGAUCGGCUGCGUCCGUUGCUUCGUCGAUUGUGGAUAGGGAUGAUGUUGCUGAUCAUGAUCAGGUGAUCUGGGCCGGGUUUGAUCAGUUGGAGGGUGAGGGUGAUAUUGUUCAACAAGUGCUUCUUCUAGGCUAUCGGUCCGGGUUUCAGGUUUGGCAUGUUGAUGAAUCAAACAAUGUCCGGGACCUUGUUUCCAAACACGACGGUCCUGUUUCUUUUAUGCAAAUGGUUCCAAAUCCAAUUGCAUUGAAGAAAUCAGAAGACAAGUUUGCAAGCAGCCGCCCGUUGUUGGUAGUUUGUGCUGACGGGGUCUUUGCUGGUGGGAGCAAUGCUAAGGAUGGGUCGACUGGUCCUAAUGGAACCACGUCAAACUCCCAUGACCAAAUGAAUGGCAACUAUAUGCCAACUACCGUUCAGUUUUAUUCAAUGAAAUCUCACUCAUAUGUUCAUGUAAUGAAGUUUAGAUCUGUUGUUUAUUCUGUACGGUGCAGUUCUCGAAUAGUCGCCGUUUCUCAAUCCACUCAGAUACAUUGUUUUAAUGCUACAAAUUUAGAAAGGGAAUAUACUUUACUUACCAAUCCAAUAGUGAUGAAUUCUCCUGGAUCUGUCGGCAUAGGCUAUGGACCACUUGCGGUGGGUCCAAGAUGGCUGGCUUAUAGUGGAAGCCCAGUUGCGGUAUCCACUUCCAGCCAUGUCAGCCCGCAGCAUUUAACACCUUCUGCAAGCUUUCCUGUUUUUUCUACAAAUGGGAGCUUGAUUGCACACUAUGCCAAAGAGUCAAGCAAGCAUCUUGCUACCGGGAUUGUGACCCUUGGAGAUAUGGGAUAUAAGAAACUUUCUAGAUACUGUUCUGAAAACAAUGGUUCACUACAAUCUGUGAAUUCUGGACCAAAGGUCAAUGGCAGCAUUAAUGGCCAUUCCGCAGAUUUAGAUAACAUUGGAAUGGUCAUUGUUAAAGAUAUUGUCUCUAAAAACGUUGUUGCCCAAUUUCGAGCUCACAAAAGUCCGAUUUCAGCCUUAUGUUUUGAUCCAAGUGGCACCAUAUUAGUGACCACUUCUGUUCAGGGUCAUAACAUAAAUGUUUUUAAGAUUAUGCCUGUGCGUGAGAAUUCGUCAGCAUCUGAUGCCGGUCCUUCUUACGCUCAUUUAUACAGGCUGCAACGUGGUUUUACAAAUGCGGUUAUACAAGAUAUUAGUUUCAGUGACGACAGCAAGUGGAUUAUGAUUAGUUCCUCGAGGGGCACUAGCCAUUUAUUUGCCAUAAAUCCUCAAGGAGGAUAUGUAAAUAUUCAGUCGAAUGAUGAUAGUCCUACAAAAAAUAGUGGAUUAAGCGCUACGACUAAUCAAGUAGUUCGUCGGUCUCCUAUGUCAGCCGUUCAAAUGCCUAAACAGCAGAGCCUGUACGUGGGUGGCCCUCCGAUCACACUUUCUGUAGUAAGCAGAAUUAGGAAUGGAUCUAAUGGUUGGAGAGGCACGGUAAGUGGUGCCGCUGCAGCUGCAACUGGUAGGAAGAAUUCGCUUUCUGGAGCUAUUGCUUCGUCUUUCCGUAUUUUUAAAGGAAGUAGAGCCAUGUACGGGGAAGGGAACAAUUCCAAGGCAAAUUAUCACUUAUUAGUCUUUUCACCUACUGGAUCGAUGAUACAGUAUGCUCUUCGGACAGUAACUGGCCAAGACUCAGCUGUUGUUUCUGGAUUAUCUCCUACUUAUGAAUCAACUCCCCAGGCCGAUGCGAGAUUAGUGGUUGAGGCAAUGCAUAAGUGGAAUAUAUAUCAUAGUCGGAGAGAGCGAGAAGACAAUGUUGACAUAUAUGGCGAAAAUGGAAUUUCUGACAGCAGCAAAAUAUAUCCAGAGGAAGUAGAGGAGAACAUCAUUAACCCUAAAGUUAAAAACGUUGUCACAAAAGGGAAUCCAUCUGUCAAUGAAGAGCAUCAUUUGUAUAUUUCAGAAGCGGAACUUCAAAUGCAUCCACCUCAGAUUCCGUUAUGGGCGAAGCAAGAGAUAUAUUUUAACUCAAUGUUGAAAGAGUCCACCAUAAUGGAUGUAGAAGCUGCUUCAGGAGGAGAGUUUGAGAUUGAAAGGAUUCCAACUUGCAUGAUUGAAGCUAGACCAAAAGACCUGGUUCCAAUUUUCAACUACAUGCAGACCCCAAAAUCACAACAAACAAGGUCUCCUUCUAUGGAUAGCAAGAUAAAUGACCAAGCGUUGCAUCGCAGUUCUGAGCUUUCUGGAAAUGGUAGAAUUUCACCUAGGCGUCUUUCAGAGUCUCUCGAGUGCACGACUAACUAUGGCGGUGAAGUUAUCAAUCAUAAAGGUCAAAUAGAAGGAACUGAGUGGGAUAAUCAUGUGAUGCCGGCAGAAACUAAUGGCUUUGUAAAUAACAAUGACACCCUUAAACCAAAUUCUCUGCAUGAGAUUGUAAAUAACAGGAGAGAGCACUUAAACACGGGCGCUCAUCUCAUGCGUGUAAAUAGCAACAACUCAAGCCCUGAAACUGAGGAACAUCUUGAAGAAAACGAAGAUGAAUUUGAUUGAAGUGAUGAAUAUUGAUUCAGGCAUGGAAAUAUUCUUUCAUUUGGCACUAGAGGCUAAAUUAACACUGUUUAUAAAAUGGUUGAAGAGGUAGGAAGCUUGAGGAGUAAUGGCUUGCUAUGCAAGAAAAGUUGUGGAUACUGCUUUGGUUUCUUUUUCUGUUUGACAUUUGUAAAUGACAGACAGAACAAAUGAUGUAUAUCAAUAAUUAGUUUUCAAUUUGUAAAUAAUAGAAUCAUCACUCUUUUUUAUUCUAUUAAUUAAAUUGAUUUCCCUAUCA